AUGUCUGGCGAAAAGAUCGAAAUUGAUCAAGAAGCUCGUAAAGCAUUAAAUUUUAUUGAAACAGGUAAUACACAAAAACAAAAAAAUAAAACAAAUUUGUACAUAACAUUAUUUGAUAUAGUGAUUCGAUUUCAUACACAUAUAUUUAUGUGGUGUUUACAACCAAUGAAAAGUUCCCUUGUUCGAUUAUUUCCAUAUCUAUGCGAAUUAGAAAGUAUUGUUCCAAGUGAAAAUUUAACAAUCAGUCGAAUGCAUGUUGCUAUGACUUAUUUACAUACACCAUUUCUUGAAUCAUUAAUUGAACAAUUAGAACAAGUUUGUACAAGUUCAAAAUGGCAUGCACGUCGAGUAGCUAUGGAAUUUGUACAAUAUAUGGUGUUUUGUAAUCUAUUCAAUGCUCGACCAUAUAAAAAACAAUUACAUGAACUUGUUUUUAAAUGUUUAUUUGAUGAACAAUUAGAAGUUCGUUCAGUUGCAUCUAUUACAUUAUCAGGAUUUUAUCAAUGUGGAUAUAUACAAGUUAAUGAAGAAGAUUUUAAACACUUCAGUCAAAUGAGUAAAAUAAAUUAUUUUAUUAAAAAAGGUGGAAAAAAAAUUAUAACAACUGAAAAAAUUAUUAAACGACAUGGAGGUGUUCUCGGUCUUUGUGCAAUUGUUCUUUCAAGUCCAUAUGAUAUCUCAAAUUAUAUACCAGCUGCAUUAAUGCUUCUAUGUGAACAUUCACAUGAUCCCGAUCUUAUUCAAAAAUCAGUGAAAAAAACUUUAUCAGAAUUUCGUCGUACUCAUCAUGAUUCAUGGCAUCAGCAUAGAGAAAAAUUUACCGACGAUCAACUUAUUACCUUUGAUGAUGUAUUAAUAUCACCAAAUUACUAUAUUUAA